AUGAAGGCUCCUAAGGAUAUUUAACUCUGCUGCCCCUGUGCGAGCUGGUAACAUGAAACAAAUACGUUUUACUCCAAGCUAACAUUAAAUCUUUUCUCAAUCGUUUCCUGAGGACGGCACAGAUAGUCUGGUUUGGCUUUUUGUGUGUAAAGAUGGGAAUGGAGGAGAGGAAGGCCUGGUGAAGGGUACUCUAAAAGAAAAAGUCGGUACAGAGCAGCGUUGAUGAGUCAGUCACUAAGGACGAACUCAAAGGGAAUCGAAGUGAAUAAGGCAGCAUCCCAGGUAAAAAGGUACUUAAAAGUUGGCGGUAGGAAAUGAAAACUUCACAGGUCAGCCGCAAGCCAUUGUGCGCGGCAGCAGCCCUGGAAAGAAGCGUGGCUGUCAAAGAGUAAGGGCUCCCAACUCCGGGGGAGGGGGGCAGUCACGCCAAAUCGGAAACAGGGGGGUGAUCCGGGAAAAGGUGGUAAAAUCCCCAACCCAGUCCCUCUCCUCGGGUUCUCCAUCUUAAGAGGCAGAAACAGGAGCCAGCGCAGUGCCCGACAGCCCCACGCCGGAUUCUCCCACAGAGAGGAACUCGGCCCCAAACCCCGGAGGCCCGCGCAGAACGCCUCCGGAGGAGCCCCCGCAGACGCCAUACUAAAAGCCAAAAUGGCUGCCCCAAGGAAGCCCGCACCGCGCAGCCAGUGAGGUCUGGGUAACAAGCUUCUGCGGGAAAGGGGGAGGGGGGUUCUAGAAGAGCCGUCUCCAGGACUAUCGCCCCCCGAGCUGCACAGGUUCUGGUUACAGCCAUCCCUUGCCAUAUCCUUUGAAUUAUACUUGGAAAAAUAGUGGCCAGGGGGAAAAAAAUGAUAAAAUUUUUCCUCAUGGUGAAUAAACAAGGGCAGACCCGACUUUCUAAGUACUAUGAACAUGUGGAGAUUAAUAAGCGUACGCUUCUGGAAACAGAAGUCAUAAAGAGCUGUCUCUCUCGAUCCAAUGAACAAUGCUCUUUCAUUGAAUAUAAGGACUUUAAGCUGAUAUACCGGCAGUACGCAGCUCUCUUCAUUGUAGUUGGAGUUAAUGACACAGAGAAUGAGAUGGCAAUUUAUGAAUUCAUCCAUAACUUUGUGGAAGUUUUAGAUGACUACUUCAGCCGAGUGAGUGAACUAGAUGUAUCCUUUUUCAGUGCUGUGAGCCAAGUUUUCCACACUAGUUGGCAAAGGACAGGCUAGUCCCAAUCAGACCAAGAUCCUGCUCUUUGGUAAUGAAAACCUAAGACAGUAAAGUGUAGACUUUAGAAAUAUUCAGCCAUUGUCGUCAUCACCCUCAGAGUUUAAUUCUUUCUUCCAGUUCAGUUUCACAAAGGAAAAGUUAGGUACUCAAAUGAAGGGGCUCCUGGGGAAAGAAUUCGGUUCUUUCUAAUUAGCUAGAUGUCAUAGUCUAACAUUUUCUUCUUCCGCUAUGCCCUGUCCUGACUUUCUACCAGGAACAUCAGGAAGCUAAAGUGGCUCCCUAAUUCUCAAAUGAGUGUUUUCAGAAUGCUCCAUUUAUAAGUACUCCCUUGAAAAUUGGAAUUUUUAUCUCCUUGGGAAUUAAGUCAACAUUGCCUUGCUUUUCUUUAUUCAUUUCUCCUAGUGAUUGUUUUUUCCUUUAGCCUGUCUCAUGCUAAGGGUGCUGUUUUGAAAAGGUAUUUUUGGGGGUGGAAGUUUGAGGGGAGAGGGAGGGUGUAUACUCAGCAGCCUUGGGCCUCUCCUGAGAAGUCGAGAACCAGAGCAGCUGAGCCAAAACUCUGGAUGUAAAUUCCCGUUACAAUUACUAGCCAUGUGACCAUGGACAAUAGCUUUGAGCCUCUUUGUUCCUAUGUAAAAUGAGAAUAAUGUUAGCACAUACAUCACAGAAACAAAGAGAAGACUGAAAUAAUAUAUGUAAAACACUCAACACAAUGCCUGGAACAUAAUGAGUAUUCAGUAAGUCAUGGCUAUUUACUGUUAUUAUUGCUAUCUGGGAAGACAUUGUUCUUGAGGUCAGGUCACACACUCUUACCAAAAUUUACUUGCUUUAUUUCCAGCUUUUAGUACAUUCCCUCUCCCUCUGGCUAAAGGGUAUAUAGCUGCUCCAUUUCUAUGUCUGUUGUCCAGUGAGCCUAACCUAGGUGUACCUGUGUACAUGAGGUAAUAAUUUCUAGUAUAAACACCAAUUUUAAUUUUAGGAAAUCUGUUAAAAAAAAAACAACUGCAUGUUUAGACUAAUUUACACUAGAAAAAUUCCAAGUCAUGUUAUUAUUUACUGAAUGUUAACAUUUCUAUAACUAAUUUCCUUAAUAGUAA